GUAAUAAUUGUGUCGGUACCCACAUUGGGCUGUUGGCGAAACAUUUGACGAGUUCUCUAGACGGGGGAAGUAAUCACUGCUGUAAAGUCGCAAUAAAACUUUAUCUGAGUUUUACCAAUGUAAUACGGCUUGCGAUUUACGAAAUCUGGACCACUCUUGGAAGUUGGACAUACGAUCAGCGAGUCGUGUUUUCCAAGAUGAAUGGUUUUCGAGAACAUUCUGGUUAUCUCCUCGUGCAAUGGACAGAUGGAGAAAGAGGACAAAUCGUGGUGUCCACUGACGAAGUACUGAGCCCUGUACUUAGAAUUUAUACGCCAAAUCAGUCGGUGAUACUGUCGUAUGGCAACCGACCGAGACGAGCCACUAUUGUGGCGAUUUCAAAUAAUCGCCUGUUACUGGAUCCAGAUCCAGUUAGAAGAGGACUAAGAGCAAGAGCUAGAAGGGUAAGAAGAUUAUCCAACUCGUCAUCGUCUAGUAUGCCAAGUGAUGGCGCCGAAUCUCCAGAGCUAACCGAGAAUGACUCCGUAAAGCCUUGGAUAGAACGAUUCUAUUGUCAACAUGAUAAUCAGCGCUGGUUGGCAGAACAAAGAUGGCAGCAAAGAAUACACAGGCCCAUUCCAAUAUUACCGCUGUCUGCACCACAACCAAGCACUUCAGGCAUUACGACCAGAAGCCAACCCCAUACUAACGGAACUAGCAACGGAUAUACCAACGGGUCCCCAGGUCCUAGCCGUAGUAAUUUUAAUACAGUGGAAAACAUGAAUGAGAAUGAGAUAGAGUUUAAUGUAAUUAGUUUUAUAGCGAUUGGGUCCUUAAACCCACCACCACUGCUGUUGAGAACGUUAAACCCACUACCGCAGCUGUCGGGGUCCUCAGACUCAUCACCUCAGCCAUCAGGGUCGUCAGAUUCGCAAUCGCAGCCUUCGGGGUCAUCAGACUCGCAACCGCAGCCAUCGGGGUCGUCAGACACGCAACCGGGGCCAUCGUGGUCGUCAGUCUCGCAACCGCAGCCAUCAGAGUCGUCCGACUCACAACCGCGGCCGUCGGGGUCGUCAGACUCGCAACAGUGGCCGUCGGGGUCGUCAGACUCGCAACCGCAGUCAUCGGAGUCGUCGGACUCACAACCGCAUCCGUCGGGGUUGUCAGACUCACAACCGCAGCCGUCCGGGUUGUCUGACUCAAAACCGCAGCCGUCAGGGUCGUCAGACUCGCAACCGCAGCCGUCGGGGUCGUCAGACUCGCAACCGCGGCCGUCGAGGUCGUCAGACUCGGAACCACUGCCGUCGGGGUCGUCAGACUCGCAACCGCGGCCGUCAAGAUCAUCGGACUGGCAAACACGGCCAUCAGGGCCAUCUGACUCGCAACUGCAUCCGUCGGGGUCGUCAGACUCGCAACCGCAGCCGUCGGGGUCGUCAGACUUGCAACCGCGGCCGUCGAGGUCAUCAGACUGGCAACCGCGGCCAUCAAGGUCGUCAGACUCGCAACCGCAGCCGUCGGAAUCGUUGGACUCUCCAUCUCAGAUAUCAAGGUCGUUAGAUUCGUCAUCGCAGCCGUUGAGAUCAUCGGAUCUGCCAUCUCAGUCGUCGACGUCGUGGAAUUUACCAUCGCUGCCGUCGGAGUCGUUAGACCUACAAAUUGCGCAGGCCAAUAAUAAUGAGCCCGUAAUAACUAGUGAUGACCUUAAGAAUACAUUAUUAGAAAUUCUAGAUCUGUUCCAAGCUGGUCCUAGCCGCCCCAGAGAAGACCAUGCCAGUGAGAAUGUUCUUAACCAUGAUCAAUCGUCUGAUGACGACAAUGUUCCAAUCCCGAACAAUUUUAACCGUACUUCCGUCAUAGUUACGAAGCCAUCAACAGCAGACCUACAAACAAUGAUUGAAUCAGUAAAAGAGAAUAUUGCACCGCAGGUGCAGUCUCCACAACAAACGAACAGUACCCGCAGGAGACGUCGCAGGAGACGUAACAGAGAUAAUAACAGUAACACAGGUAGCAUAAUACUACCAACGUCUCCAGGUGGUCCUUUAGAUCGUAUGACAUGUGAUAGAAAUAAAACUAUGGCUAACAUAUUUCUACGUUUUUUCUCAUUUAUUAGGGAUGCAUAUGAUAAAGGAACAGCACCGGACUUUGCGAAUGCACCACAGUUACAAGAUCUGUGGGACAUUCUUAGUUCUAGCAACAGAUCUGAAGAUGACAUCCAGCCUGGCCCCAGCCAUCUCGACCCCGGGCUCCCCGGCCCCAGCCGCACCAUUGAGCCAGAGAUAGUAAACCAAUACAGUGACAAUGAUAUGCAAUUAUCCUCAUUGUCCGCCCCAUCAACAACAUCUUCAUCGUCAUCGUCGUCAAGUCCAAUGAAGAAAAUAAGAACAGAACAAAAUUAUUGAAAUUAUAAAAAGAGCAAAACAUCAAUGAAUAAUAAAUAAAAACAUUUCCCGCAGGACCAACGUGAAUUAAACUUACAUUAUAUUUAACAGCAAAAAGUAUAUAUUUAGAAACAGACUGUAUUCAUCAGUCUUUAAAAAUAUCCAAACGACUAACAGAAAACGGUAAUUAUGUCGUCGGAGAUGGUAUAAUUACCAUACGCCUAUCAAUAGUCUCAAUAUAUAUGUCUAACAAUAAUUUUGUAUGCGGUAAAUUGUGAUGAAUAACUUGACUAUAUUAAUUUAUACCAAACGGUUGUCGUAUAGAAACGCAAUCCAAUAAUUAGGAUCUAAGCAAAGAUUAGGUAUGUGAUUGUUAUACCUAAUAAUUUUCUUUUCUGUGCGUGUUAGCGGUACGGUGCGAAUAGACAUAUUGACGCAUGUACAAAAGUUAAAAUAAUGCGAUUGUUAAAACAGUAGUGGUACCAUUCAGCCCAUUUAGUAGGGGGUAAGUACGAAAUAUGGACUAUUUGCAGUCCCAUAGAAAAAAAUCUUUUGAAUGAGCACUUUAUAUGAAUAUAUAAAUUUCGUUACCGGCAAUAAUAUACUUUAUAUUUUUAAUGUAUAAUGUUUUAUGUUUCGUUUACUCUUUCGUUUAUAUGGUUUCAGAGCUGAAAUGUUUUACAAUCGUUCUCAGAGUCGUUUAAUGCCUCCUUAACUCAGUCCUCAACAAUUACUUUCUCCAAUUACUCAGGAAUAGUUAAAGUAAUCAAUAAUCAUUGAAUAUCUCUGAGUACGGCAUUUAGAGUAACAUUGUUUAAAUUAAACUCUGUUUUAACUAAACUUGUGUUAACUGACCAUUGUGCACUGGUUUAAAGACUUAUUACUUAAGAUUUUACUUAUGAUAUUUUAGUAUUUAAGGAAAUUACAUUUUUAUUUUUCACUUUAAUAGUAAAAUACCUAUGUUACUGGGCUUUACUUGGGUGAAAAUUAAAACGAAAUCUAAAAUUUUUCACCCCAGGAAAACCCUGUAUUGUGAGUCUUAUCGAAAUCGCUUGAGCCGAUUUCGAGAAUGUGACGGUUUUAAAUAUUUUCAUUAAUUAAAUAUUAUAUGAAAUGUAUAAUGAUAGAAUAAUAUGAUAAAUAGUAUAUAUGUAUUAGUAAUUAAUAGUCUGUAAAUAGAAUUUUAAGACGUGAUGUGAUCCUACGUACACAAUGGUAGUUACUUGAUGUUUAUGUUUCACAUUUUAUACAAUUAACAACUGAUCAGGGUUUAAAUUUUAUGGAAACUGAACAUAAAUUAAAAAAUUAUAUGAUACGAAAGAGACCUAACGUUAAGUUUAAAGUAUACAAAUAUGUGCAUAUAGAUA